GCAUAUUCGAUAUUUGUUCAGUUCUCGUUGAACGUUUCAAGAAUAGUCAAGUAUUUUUAUUUAUUUGAAAUCGAUAUAUUUAAAAGAAAAAUGAAAACGUUCGUGAUUAUUUUUGCUAUUUUCAUUUGCGUUGGUGCAAUGACACAUGAGGAAUUAAAAACCGGAAUACAGACUUUACAGCCAAUUUGCGUAGGCGAAACUGGCACUAGUCAAAAAAUAAUAGAUGAAGUUUAUAAUGGCAACGUCAAUGUAGAAGACGAAAAUGUUCAAUCAUACGUUGAAUGUAUGAUGAAAAAAUUUAAUGUUGUUGACGAGAAUGGAAAUUUCAAUGAAAAAAAUACCAGAGAUAUUGUGCAAGCAGUUUUAGACGAUAAUGAAACUGAUCAACUAAUUGUCGAAUGUUCACCUAUCUCUGAUGCCAAUGUACACAUAAAAAUUUCUAAGAUAUUUCAGUGUUUUAUGAAAUAUAAAACAAUAACUGAUAUAUUAAAUUCCUAAAUGUUCAAUUAUCAAGAACAAGAGAUUUGUUCACCAUGUAGUAUACUUACUUUCUAUUUUAAUUGAUUAUUCUAUUUAUUUUAAUUAAUUAAAAUAUAUUUGAAAACUUUUAUUAAUAAAUCAAUAUUAUAUAUUAUUAUAAAUUAAUUAUUAAUAAUGAUUAAUAAAUUAAUGCAUGAUUAUUUAACAUGUUUAAGUUUUCAAU